CUCUCUAUCUGUAUAUAAUGUAAGGUCUCUCCGCUUAGCCAUUCAUAGUUGUAGUAGCAUGCAUUCAGCAGUGUGGUCAUUGAAAAUUAAGCGAGUUUGUCAGGAAAAUCCCCAAACAGAAAUGGCAUUCGAACAGAAAAGAGAAGAACUUGACGCAAAGUCAAGGCAGGGAGAGACCGUGGUUCCAGGAGGAACUGGGGGAAAGAGCCUUGAAGCCCAGGAGCACCUUGCUGAAGGACGGAGCCGAGGAGGGCAGACGAGAAAGGAACAGCUGGGACAUGAAGGGUACCAGGAGCUGGGAAGCAAAGGAGGACAGACGAGGAAGGAGCAGAUAGGAGACGAGGGGUACCAGGAGAUGGGCCGCAAAGGCGGACUCAGCAUCACUGAGAAGUCUGGAGGAGAUCCUGCCCCUGAGGAAGGCACCGAGAUUGAUGAAUCCAAAUUCAGGACUAGGGACCGCUAGUAACUACCUGUAAACAUUUCAAUGUUUGAAGGAGUACUUCUGGAUGGGCUUUGCGUUCUGUUUCUUCAGGCCCUGUCUGUGUUGAUAAGCAGGUGUCUAAUAAUGACAGUCAUGUAUUAGUGUUUCUAGGUUUUGUUUGUUUCUUUUUUUUUUUUUUUUUGGUUGGAAGUCUAGCUAGAAUGGGGAGGACAUUAAAUGGUACUCUUAGGAUGUCGUGUUUUUAGGGACCAUUACUGCCUCCUGUUGUAUGUUAAUUUAACAGUUUGUUAUAUCACCUUCCAUGCAUGGUACGCACUACGUAGAUGAUCACUUUGGUUGAA